AUGGAAAAUAUCCGUAGACAAGAUUUAAGAGAGCGUCAAAGGGAAAUACGAGCACAAAAUGCAAGAGAUCGAAGACAACGGAUGAGUGUUGAGCAAAGACAACAAGAAUUAGCUAGAAGGCGUUCGAAUUACAGACAAAAAAAAGACAAAGGGAAACAAGUUCAAACAUAUAAUACUUCUAAUAUGAGAACCAUAAUGCCAUUUCAAGACUUGACGAAUGUCAAUCUUGCUUCUCGAUUGUUUCCGAUGGCACAUGACAGUGAAGCUGGACCGAGUAAUGCACAUGUCAGUCGCAUUUCAUCCCCGGGUUAG